AUGUGGAGCUGCUGCCCACCAGCUGAGAGCACCGACUUCUGCAUUCACCUCGACACUGACACAGAGGACCUAAUCAGUGUCGUCUUUGACGCGGGACGCGAGGUGGAAGAGUCAUCCAAGUUUGUCGAGCAGAUGGCGGAAGUCGUGAAGAAGGGAAUCGAGGCGGUUAACAAAGACUUGGAGCAGGAAAAUGCUGAGAAAAUCAUGCAGGAAGGCGUCCUUCGCUACGUGCCCCUGGUGGGGUCUCUCGUGAAUUGGUGGUCGCCGCCGCCUAAAGAGGUCGGCAUCAGGGGUAGAACAUUCGACCUCACCUCAGGUAUGAUAGAGAGCACGGAGAACACGUACAAGUACCACAUGCAGAUCCAGCACGGUCCCGCUCCCAUACAGAAGCUUCAGAUCCUCGCGCAGCCGCACGGCAACGACGGCUCGUCGCAGCAGACGACCGGCAGCGAGAAGUCGUCGUCGUCGCCCGAUCACGCGUCCAAGACCCCGACGACGACGACGAGUUCGGACGAUAGCGGCGACGGUGAGGCGUCAAUUGAGCCAGUUGCAUCGACAUCAGGAUCAAAUCAGGACUAUGCUGAAUGUGAGCCCGACAUAGCCUCCUAA